UACAAAAUAAGUGAAUACCCCAUAACUUUUUUUACGUCUUUUUUUCCAAAAUAAUAAAUAGAGAAGAAAGGGAUUAUUAGAGGAAAAUUGAAUAUUUUGUUAAAAUUAGGCAUCACCCAAGUUAAUCCAAUAAAAAAUUCUGCAAAAUACUUUGGCAUAUAAAGUAGAUUUGCAUUAUUAUCAUCCAUUAAUAAAUUUUCAAGUUGAAAAAGGAACAAAUUCAUUAAAAGACAAACAAAUAAAAACCAUAGAUUACAGAAAUGUCUAGCCCAUCGCAAGGAAAACGAAGGAUGGACACUGAUGUGAUAAAACUAAUAGAGAGCAAACAUGAAGUUACUCUUCUUGGAUCUAAUUUAAAUGAAUUCUGUGUAAAAUUCUAUGGUCCACGGGGAACUCCAUAUGAAUCUGGUAUCUGGAAAGUUCGUGUGCAUCUUCCAGAGCAUUAUCCCUUCAAAUCUCCCAGCAUUGGAUUUAUGAAUAAAAUUUAUCACCCGAAUAUUGAUGAAGUGUCAGGCACAGUAUGUUUGGAUGUUAUUAAUCAAGCUUGGACAGCAUUGUACGAUUUAUCAAAUAUUUUCGAGUCAUUUCUUCCGCAACUUUUGACAUACCCUAAUCCUAUUGAUCCUUUAAAUGGAGAUGCUGCAGCUUUAUAUCUUCAUAAACCUGAAGAAUACAAGAAGAAAGUUCUUGAUUACGUCAAACGGUUUGCAACAGAAGAAGCACUUAGAGAUACUGAGAAGAAUGAUCAGAGUUCCGAAGAUGAGAGCAGCAUGAGUGACUUCAGUGAAGACGAGACAAAAGAUAUGGAGUUAUAACACUUUUUCAUUGUAUAUUUGUUUUAAUUAAGUAAAAUAUUAAGAGUUUAUAAAAAUAAGUAAAUUUUAUUUAUUCCUUUAACUCAUUCAAAAUUUAUUGUGUGUUCUGAAAAACAAUUAA